AUGACGCAACUGGAAGUAGAACCAGUUAUUUUAAAAAAUUACACGAUUGAGAGACGUAUAGGAAAAGGGGCCUAUGGGAUAGUUUGGAAAGCAGUGAAUAAGAAAACACAUAAAAAAUUGGCACUCAAAAAGAUAUUUGAUGCUUUCAGAAAUCAAACAGAUGCUCAGAGGACGUUUCGAGAAAUAUCAUUCCUACAGCAAUUUUCCAAUCACCCAAACAUCAUCCGUCUCUUAAAUGUUAUAAAAGCGGAAAACGACAAAGAUAUUUACUUGGUUUUUGAAUACAUGGAAACUGACUUAAACAACUGCAUCAAAAAGGGAAAUAUCCUGAAGGAUGUUCAUAAAAGGUUUAUUUUUUACCAGUUGUUACGAGCAGUUAAAUAUAUUCAUUCCGGGAAUGUAAUACACCGUGAUUUAAAACCAUCUAAUGUUCUGUUAAACUCAGACUGUUUUGUGAAACUAUGUGAUUUUGGCUUGACACGUUCAUUGACAAAUACUCUAGAAAAUCGUAUAACAUCUAUGGAAUCAUUUAUAGAUGGAGAUGAUGAGUAUGACAAUCCUGUGUUAACCGAAUAUGUAGCUACGAGAUGGUAUCGGGCACCAGAAAUUCUGCUAGCUUCAAAUCGUUAUACAAAAUAUGUAGAUAUAUGGAGCUUAGGGUGCAUAUUAGGUGAAAUGUUACUUGGUAAAGCAUUAUUUCCCGGUACAUCAACAAUCAAUCAAAUUGAGAGAAUCAUAUCGGUUAUGGAAAGACCGACAAUACAAGACAUUGAAUGCCUUCAUUCAGACUACGGUAGAUCAGUGUUGGAUAAAGCUUUACAGAAACCAUAUCGUCGCUUACGUACGUUAUUUUCAAAUAAUACAGAAGAACAAGCUUUAAAUUUACUUGAAAAUAUGAUUCAAUUGAAUCCAGAGAAACGCUUCACUGUUGAACAGGCAUUAAAUCAUAUUUACGUGGAAAACUUUCGUGAUCCUUCAUCUGAAAUCGUAUUGAAGCAUCCAAUUACCCCAGUUCUAAGAGAUGACAAACAAUUGAGCGUAUCAGAUUAUCGUCAAAAAUUAUAUGAGAUUAUAGUAGAAAAGAAAGCUCAACAUAAAAUGCGAAAAAUGCUGCGCUCAGUUGAACUGAAUGAAAACGAAACAUCUGGAAAUUCAUUGGCUUCAAAGAAAGAAUUGAAUUAUGAAAAUACUUCUGAAAACAAAUCCAAAAUCGAUCUGAUGAAUCAACAUAUCAAUAGAGUUGACUGGCACGAUCCCAAACUAAGUAAUACCAACCAACAAUAUAAACCAACUGAAACAGUAAAUCAAUAUCAAUGUCGCUCUGAUUUAAAUGAGACGAAAUCUCUGUCAGAUUCAUAUAAUUCGCAAAAUCAAGGUAGCACAAAUAUUAAUCACAAUGUAUUAAUCUCAUCACCGGUGAAUCAUAUAAAACAUUUACACAGCAAUAGUACAUCCGGAAAUGAGCACACUUCUCAAUCCAGUGUAUCUAAUCAGCCAAAAUCCACAUCUGUUUCUACAAUUAAAGCAAGCGCAAACUCCAAUCUAAUGAACAAUAACAUAUCUGGCGAAUUACGUAGACGAGUAACGAUACCUACCUCAUCUGUCAGUUCACAAAAACAUAAACAUGAGUUUUCUCUAAACUCAGAGAGCCUAAAUAACACUCAAACUAUGAAAACUAGUAUGAGUAAGGAAGCAAAUAACCCAGUUAUCCUUCGGGGAAACAGGAAUACAAGUUUCGGAAGAAAUUCUCAACACAAUUCAGUGAAACCAAUAAAUUACUGUCAUACAAAUAAUAAACAACAGGUCGUCAACACACCGUCUGCAUCAUCGUUAAUAACACCAUCACAAUUAUACUCUCCAUCUUUUAGUAAUUAUAAUCAAACAUAUGGUACAAUAUCCUUAUCUCAACUACACCAAUUACAUACACGUAAAUGGGCACACUAA